UCCCAGAGUGCAAUGUGGUCGGCCCCUGCGGCAGGGACUGGCGUGAGAGACGGAGAGACGAAGGUUCAAUUUGACUCUCGUAGCCCCGAGGAGGUCCUGGCUGAUGAACUUCCUGCUUCUAACGGACCAGAAGCCACAGAGAAGACUGCUAUCAGGUUGAGAUGUCUGGUGAAACAGCUGGAGAGAGGAGAGGUAUCUCUGGUGGACCUCAAGAAGAACCUGGAGUAUGCUGCCACUGUUCUGGAGUCAGUUAAUAUAGAGAAGACCAGGAAAUUGGUCGAUACAGAGGAUGAGCUCAGCGAUAUCCAAUCAGAGUACGUGCCUUCAGAGGUGCGUGAUUGGUUGGCCUCUACAUUCACCCGUCAGAUGGGUUUGAUGCUGCGGCAAACAGAUGAGAAACCACGCUUCAGGAGCAUCGUCCACGCUGUGCAGGCUGGGAUCUUCGUAGAGAGGAUGUACAGACGUACCUCUAGCAUGGUGGGACUGAGCUCUCCUUCUACAGUUGUAGCAGUGCUGAAGCACGUUGAUAAGUGGUCGUUUGAUGUGUUUGCUCUGAACGAGGCAAGUGGAGACCACGCCCUCAAAUUCAUCUUCUUCGAACUACUCACCAGAUACGACCUCAUCAACAGAUUCAAGAUCCCCGUCUCAGCGGUGGUCUCGUUCGUAGAAGCUCUGGAGGUGGGCUACGGUAAACACAACAACCCCUACCACAACCUGAUGCACGCUGCGGACGUCACACAGACAAUUCACUACCUACUGCUGAAGACUGGCAUCGUGCAUUGGUUGACUGAGCUAGAGAUCUUUGCGAUGAUCUUUGCAGCAGCGGUUCACGACUACGAACACACUGGAACCACCAACAAUUUCCACAUCCAGACCAGAUCAGACACAGCGAUCCUGUACAACGACCGGUCUGUCCUGGAGAGCCACCAUGUCAGCGCUGCAUACCGCCUCCUACAGGACGACGAUGAGAUCAACAUACUAUACAACCUGUCUAAAGACGACUGGAGAGAGCUGAGGAGCCUUGUGGUAGAGAUGGUCCUGGCUACAGACAUGUCCUGUCACUUCCAGCAGCUGAAACACAUGAAGAACUUUCUCCAGCAACCGGAGGGGAUCGAUAAACCCAAAGCCAUGUCUUUGCUGCUCCAUACAGCUGAUAUCAGCCACCCAGCUAAGACAUGGGACCUACACCACCGCUGGACAGCAUCCCUUCUGGAGGAGUUCUUCAGACAGGGUGAUAAAGAGGCGGAGCUAGGACUGCCCUUCUCUCCUCUGUGUGACCGCAAGUCAACCAUGGUGGCCCAGUCCCAGAUAGGGUUUAUAGACUUCAUUGUGGUUCCAACCUUCACCGUGUUGACAGAAAUGAUGGAGAAGAUUGUCAUUCCGCUCAUCAACGAGGCGUCACUCAGCCUGGCAGGGUUCAGACGCUGCAGUCUAAACAGUAUUAGCUGUGAGGAUGCUAAGCAUGGCAGUGUAAAGAGCACCGGGUCAGAGAGCAGUGCUGCUGGACAUUUCUCUCUACUGGCUGUGGACCUGAAGAACUUCAAGGCUCUGUGGAAUGAAGAGGUUUAUCAGAACAGAGAGAGAUGGAAGACACAGGCCACUAAAGGUGAGAAGGCCAGAAGGGAGGCUGAGGAGGAGAGAGUGUUGCAGGAAGACACUAUGGAACCCCAGGAGAGAGAAAUUGAAACAGAGCUGGGAGAUACAGAGUCACAGGAGGGAGAGGAAGAGGGAGAGGAAGAAGAGGUGGAGGGAGUGAGAGAAGAGGAGAGUGAAGUGCCAGAAGAGCUCAACUUACGCCAGGACAGACGCACAGAGAAGACCGGAGAGAGAGAAGGAGAGAGGGAUGGAGUGAGGACACAGACUGGAAGUGCAGCAGACACCAGCCCACCAUUACAGAACGAGGGGGCGGAGUCUCCACAGAGUGACCAGAACAAGACCAAAACACCUGAAGGUAAGAGACACCAGCCUCUGCUGACAGGUAACAUGAAGGUAAGAGACAGCCAACCUCUGCUGACAGGUAACAUGAAGGUAAGAGACAGCCAGCCUCUGCUGACAGGUAACAUGAAGGUCCCUCCCAUUCUCAAGUCUGCUGGACCACCUGCUCUCAUCUUCACAUCACAAACCAUCUGA